AUGCAGGCAUCCCCGAAAGCAGCAAAGGAACGAAUUAAGGUGUUUGCAAGAUGUAGACCAGUAAUCGAAGAAGAAAAAAAAGGGAAUGAUUGUAAAUCUUGUGUAGAAAUAAAAGGAAAUGAAAUUAAAGUGAGCAGACCUAAUCAUCAGCCUAAAACAUUUUCUUUUGACGGAAUUUUUGGACCAGAUUCAACCCAGGAGCAAGUUUUUAAAACUGUGUCCUUGGAUGCAAUUGAGGACGUUUUUAAUGGUUAUCACUCUACAAUAUUUGUGUAUGGACAAACCGGUACUGGCAAGACACAUACUCUUAGCAAUAUUGAUGAUUCACAACCAGAGGAACAUGGUUUAGUACCAAGAUGUGUACAAGAAAUAUAUAGACGAAUUGAUAGUGAUAUCAACAAUGAAUACCGUGUCAGAAUGAACUAUCUUCAAAUUUAUAUGGAAACACUGCAGGACUUGCUGCAGCCUGACCACAAAAAUCUGCAAAUUAGAGAAGAUCCAGAACUUGGUAUUUAUGUAUCAGGAAUUUGUUUUAGAGAUAUCAAAAAUUAUGAAGAAUGUAUUAAAUAUUAUAGAGAAGGCGAUGUAAAUAGAGUAACAGCACUAACAAAAAUGUUGAAUGGAAGAGAAGAAUUGGAGGGAUUGGAAAAAAAGAAGGUUACAACUGCAAAUUUAUUUCUUGUUGAUCUAGCUGGAAGCGAAAGAUUGAAAAAAACAGAAGCUGAGGGUAUAAGAAAAAAAGAAGCCAACUAUAUAAAUCUUUCACUGACAACUCUUGGAAUUGUGAUUCAUAGUCUUGAGGCAAAUCAUAUUCACAUUCCCUUCAGAGAUUCAAAAUUGACAAGAUUAUUACAGGACUCACUUGGGGGAAAUGGAAAAACAAGAAUAGUUAUAACAAUAAGUCCAAGUAUUAUCAACAGCCAAGAAACUAUUGGAAGUUUAAUGUUUGGUGAAAGAGCCAUGAAUGUGAAAACAGUUGCAAAGGUCAAUGAGGCUGUGGACUAUCGAGCAUUAUAUCUUAAGACAAAAGCUCAAUUAGAUUCAUUAGAAGAAAAAUACUCUGAACUUGAGGAAGACUACUUGGAUAUUACAAAUGAAAAUGAUAAAAUGGAUAUUGAGAUUGAUUCCCUGCUAGAGGAAAAUAAGAAACUUGUUAAAGAAAAAAAGAUUUUGGAGAAAGAAAAAGAAAAGGAGAAGGAGAAAAUCGUUUCUUUGAUGAAGGGGGAUCUUUUGGAUUUGGAGAAUCAACAUGAGAAAGAUAUUGCAGAACUGAAUGACAGACUUCUUUCUGUUUCGAAAGAGUAUGAAAAUGAUUUUCAAAAGAAAGAGGAAAAUUUAAAGAAAAUACUUUUUGAAAAGGAUAAUGAUAUUGAUAGGUUAGAACUAUUAGUUCAAGAAUUGACAAGUGAUAAAACAUUUUUGGAGGCAGAAUUCUCAACUAAAGACAAAGAAAUUGAAAAUUUAAUUGCUUCAACACACCAAAUGGAAAGAGAUUUGGAAACGGCCUCAUAUCUAUGUAUUAGAAGAGAAAAUGAGCUGGAACAAGUUCAAGAAUUAAUUCAACAAUUGGAAAAACAAAUAACUACAUAUAGAGAAACAAUUGGUAAAAACGUUGAUGAAAUUGAAUUGUUGAAAAGAAAGAUUCUUUUUAGUACUGAAGAAAUGGAGAAUGUGACAAGGUUGAAACAAGAAAGAGAAGCAGAAUUGGAAAAAGAAAAAAGAUUUAAUAACCAACUUAAGGAUGAUAUUGAAUUGUUAAAUAAUCAAAAUACCAAAUUGGAGGAGAGACUUGAGUUUGAAGUGGCUGACAAGGCUCUCCAAAAAGAAAUGUUUAGAGAGAUUUCAGACAGAGAGUUGCUGAAAGAAAGAAAAAUAUUGGCAAUUACUAAAGAACAGCAUCAAGUUGAACUGGAACAAAUGGAGGUAAAUAUUGAAAAGCUCACAAAAAUGGUUAACGAAAAAAAUGAAGAAAUUGAGGAGAGAGGAAUUGAUAUUGACAAGUUAAAAUUGAUGUUGUUCGAAGAACAAAGAGAAAGGGAAAACGACAAAAUGGAACUACUGUUAGAACAGGAAAAACAAAGAACUGAAAAGGAGUCUAUUCUUAUUGAACUGCAAUAUUACAAAGACAAGAUCGAGGAAUUCACCUCCAAAGUUUUCAGCACACCUAAUAACACAACUAUUAUUAAUAUAGUAGAAGAAACAAGUGACCCAAGUUCAGUUUUACAAACUCCUCCAACCCCAAUGAUAGAAAAAGUUCCAAUUUUUGAUUUUGGAAAAAUAGUUAAUGUUCAAACAAGUAUUAUCAAACGACAUGAACAUCAAUUUUUCUCUCUGAUAAUCAAAAACCUCAUUUCAGAGCAACAAAGAGAUAAGUUAGUUUUGGUAAUUAACAAAUUAACGAAAGAAAAAGAAGGAUUACAAAAAGAGCUCCAAAAGAUCGGAUAUCAAUUAAAGGAAUUGCAUACUGAUAUUUCAGAGUUGUUUGCUAACUCUAGAUUCCUCCAUGAUGACUUGAAAUCAACAUCAGAAUUGUUUGGAACAAACCUCCAUCAAACACUGUUCGAAAAGCAAGGUCAUUCAAGGAGUUUUGAUGUUAUUAACGGAGAGCUAAAAGACUUAAAGUUCAUCUCUAAAAAGUUUAGGGAUGAAAGCCCAGAUGAGGCAGCAUUUGAUGCCAUAAACUAUAUGGUAUGGGCUCUAGAAUAUUCUCAUCCUUAUUCGUCAUUGUCUGACAAUCUUCUGGGAGAAGAAAAUUCCAAAGAAAUUAUCAAAUCUCUGCUUGAAGAAAGUGAGAAGCGGGUGAAGUCGUCCAGUAAAACCUCUGCCGAACACACUCUAGAAAUUGACUGCAUAUGGAAGCAUGUAAAGAAUUCAUUGGACUGUUUUUAUGAUUCGUCAACAGAUAAUUACAAAACUGUAUUGAAAGAACUGGACUGUGAAGAAUACUACAAGUUAUACAAUAACUUUAUCAGAAAGAAAAAUGCAACAAUUGAACUGGAGGAAUUAGCUGAACUGCCAUAUUCAAUUUAUGAAAUACUAUCCGAUUCCAGAAUCAUGGUCUCUAAGACAAGAAAUAAUUGUUCAGAAAAUUCUGACAUGUUUAGAUUAAUGUCUUUCUGGUUCUCCAUGAGUAGUAAAUGUCUUAAAAAGGUUUUGAACAGAGAAGAAAUCAAUCACAAAGCAGGGGUGUAUUUAAUGCACGAGUUUAUUCAUCUCCUUCAUACAGUUAGAAAUGUUUUAUAUCUAUUUGAUUGUUCGGAAAGAGACGUUUUGAUUUACAAAUUGGCUCUUCAUGGAUGUGCUUCGAAAUUAUCUAAGUUUAUUAACUCUAGUGAAGAAGUAAGAAGAGAAAUGGAAGAUAGAAUCGCGUCAUAUGAAGAAUUGAGAACAAGAACUGAGGCGGCACUUGUGAUACAGAGAUUUUACCGAAAGACAAAGAGAAGAAUGCAAGAAGACUUUAUUCGAAAGCAAAGAACCGAAUUGAUAGCCCAAUCACAAGCUCAAAUGGUAAAGAUCAGAGAAUUACAAAAAUCCGAGUUGACCUUUAAAGCUAGCGUGGGAAAGCAAAUUGCGGACACAGGAAGAGUUCUUAUCAAACAAGGUGUAUCUGAACUGGAUCACAUUUUCAAUAUUCUAAAGGCGUAUUUUUUAUAUGGAGAUGAUGAUGAUACACCCUUAACACCCUCCUCUCCAAGAACAAAUACCUCCAGAGCUAAUAGUAUUAUUUCACCAAACUCGCCAGUAUUAACGACACCAGAAAGAAAUAGAUCUGGAAGCCUUUCGCCCUCGCCACCAAAUCCGUUAAGGGAAAAUUUUGGGGGAAGACCAAAAUCAACCGUUUCAAGAGCAUACAGCAAAAGGUUCUCUGAGGUUGAUGUGGCAGAAAUUAAUGACAUUCUCUCCAAUACUAAAGUUUCUCCAACAGCAAGAAAAUUGCUUCUUGCUUACUUAAUUAUUUUUCUAGCAGUUGUUAGUAGAGUUAUUGCUUCAUCAGGUUGUAUUCUCAACAGAGAUGGUAACUGUGGGAUGACAUCAAAUGCCGCUGGGGAAUUGCUUCUAUCUGUUGAUCCAAAACAACAAUUUAACACUUUUAUUAAAUCAUCAUCUGUGGGAAAUAAUGGGGAAGUUAUCUGCAGUACCCCUAAUAGUUUCAUUUCCAAUCCGUUAUGUAAGGAAAGAUGGUUUAGAAAAGCACAACACGAUAAACAAUUUGCCUCCAAUUCCCUAAAACUGAGAUGUAAUAUUGAUGUUGUUAGGGGCGAUUGUCAAAUUGGAAAUUUGCAUUUUCCUCCAGAAAAUCAAUAUAAGUUCUAUCAUAAUGAUAAUCAAGAAACUCAUAUCUGUUCAUCAAUCCAAGGCUACUAUUCAAAUCAACUUUGUAAAGAAAAAUGGUUUAGAAAAUUAACAUUAUCCCAGCACUCACUUCUUCCUACUAGUGAAACAAGCAUUCCAUCCUCAAUUGUUUCUCAUGAGGUCAAUAACAUUAUUGCUAUCAGUUCAACUUCUCAAACCCCAUCUGAUGUAAUUGAUUUAGCGGCUUCAACUACGAACAAUGUUGAACUCACCAAUGAACCUCAUUUUAAUACUGAUCUCACUCACGACUAUGAUAUAGUUACAGAGUUGGCAGAGGCUUUUGAGAACAAUGAUGAAGAUGAUGAGUUUGAUGAAUUGGAAAUUGAUGACUCAGACGAAACAGAUGUUGAUGAAGGAACUGAACUUGUUGAGGAAUUACAAAGUGAGGAUUCAAACGAAACAGAUAUUUCAGAGGAAGAGAUUCAAGAAAAUGCUAAUGACAACACUGGAGAUGAUUUUAAUAAUGAAGAAGAAAUUGACAACAAAGAAACUUAUAUUGAAGAGGAAGCAGAAUCCGUAUUUGAAAUUGAUGAAGAGGACAAUGUUGUCCACAAUGCUGCCGAUAAGCCAAUCCCUUCUAAUGAAAUUACUAAUUCUUAUACCAAGGAAAUUGAAAAAACACUAAAAGAAAUAAUUCCCUACAUCAAGAACAAACCAAAAAUUGUAAAUUCUGUACCAUAUAUUCAAUCCGCUACAAACGUUUCUGGCUCAAUUGGUAAGACAUCACCACAAAAGGAUUUCCAAAAAAAACCAAAGAAAGCUGCCACGUGUGGGACGCGAGAGAAAUGA